UUGCUAGUGAAGAACCUGCAGUUUGAGGAUGGGAAGAUGAUUGCGGCGGCAAGGUACUUCAGCUUGGGGAGCAGCGCUUCUGUGGAGCUCACUGAGGAGGAGAAAGCCUUCGCUGAGCAAAUGAGGGUAAGAAAAAAUAAAAUAAAAAAGGACUAACACUUUACUAUUGUACCUGUCUUUCUUACACUGAUUUUGCGGCUAAUUUAAACGAGGUUUUAAAUGUACAGUUGAAGUCGGAAGUUUACAUACACUUAGGUUGUAGUCAUUAAAACUUGUUUUUCAACCACUCCACAAAUGUCUUGUUAACGAACUAUAGUUUUGGAAAGUCGGUUUAGGACAUCUACCUUGUGCAUGACACAAGUAAUUUUUCCAACAAUUGUUUACAGACAGAUUAUUUCAUUAUAAUUCACUGUAUCACAAUUCCAGUGGGUCAGAAGUUUACAUACACUAAGUUGACUGUGCCUUUAAACAGCUUGGAAAAUUCCAGAAAAUGAUGUCAUGGCUUUAGAAGCUUCUGAUAGGCUAAUUGACAUCAUUGAGUCAAUUGGAGGUGUACCUGUGGAUGUAUUUCAAGGCCUACCUUCAAACUUAGUGACUCUUUGCUUGACAUCAUGGGAAACUCAAAAGAAAUCAGCCAAGACCUCAGAAAAAAAAUUGUAGACCUCCACAAGUCUGGUUCAUCCUUGGGAGCAAUUUCCCAAACGCCUGAAGGUACCACGUUCAUCUGUACAAACAAUUGUACGCAAGUAUAAACACCAUGGGACCACGCAGCCGUCAUACCGCUCAGGAAGGAGAUGCAUUUUGUCUCCUAGAGAUGAACGUACUUUGGUGCGAAAAGAGCAAAUCAAUCCCAGAACAACAGCAAAGGACCUUGCGAAGAUGCUGGAGGAAACAGAUACAAAAGUAUCUAUAUCCACAGUAAACCGAGUCCUAUAUCGACGUAACCCGAAAGGCCGCUCAGCAAGGAAGAAGCCGCUGCUACAAAACCGCCAUAAAAAAGCCAGACUACGGGGACAAAGAUCGUACUUUUAGGAGAAAUGUCCUCCGGUCUGAUGAAACAAAAAUAGAACUGUUUGGCCAUAAUGACCAUCGUUAUGUUUGGAGGAAAAAGGGGGUAGCUUGCAAGCCGAAGAACACCAUCCCAACCGUGAAGCACGGGGGUGGCAGCAUCAUGCUGUGGGGGUGCUUUGCUGCAGGAGGGACAGGUGCACUUCACAAAAUAGAUGGCAUCAUGAGGAAGGAAAAUGAUGUGGAUAUAUUGAAGCAACAUCUCAAGACAUCAGUCAGGAAGUUAAAGCUUGGUCACAAAUGGGUCUUCCAAAUGGACAAUGACCCCAAGCAUACUUCCAAAGUUGUGGCAAAAUGGCUUAAGGACAACAAAGUCAAGGUAUUGGAGUGGCCAUCACAAAGCCCUGACCUCAAUCCUAUAGAACAUUUGUGGGCAGAACUGAAAAAGCGUGUGUGAGCAAGGAGGCCUACAAACCUGACUCAGUUACACCAGCUCUGUCAGGAGGAAUGGGCUACCAGAAACGUUUGACCCAAGUUAAACAAUUUAAAGGCAAUGCUACCAAAUACUAAUUGAGAGUAUGUAAACUUCUGACCCACUGGGAAUGUGAUGAAAGAAAUAAAAGCUAAAAUAAAUCUCUACUAUUAUUCUGACAUUUCACAUUCUUAAAAUAAAGUGGUGAUCCUAACUGACCUAAGACAGGGAUUUUCUACUAGGGUUAAAUGUCAGGAAUUGUGAAAAACUGAGUUUAAAUGUAUUUGGCUAAGGUGUAUGUAAACAUCCGACUUCAACUGUAAAUGUCGAUCUCUCACCUUAACCCUCGAUAAACUGACUCCAGACCAGUGUUUACAGUGUUGUCUUGUCCCAUUGACAGGGUGUUUGGAAGAGCAUCCUGACUAACGUGGCUGCCAUCGAGGAAUCCACUGACUUCUUCAAGUCUGGGGCUGCUUCUAUGGACGUGGUCAGGUAAGCAACACACCAGCAUGAACAUCUAAAAGAUAAAAGGGUGCAAGUCAAUGGGUUUUAGACAGUAAACCAAGUAGGACAUGUUUUUUCUAGUUGAACACUGACUUGAAGUGAGUUGAACACCGCUUCUUCCCCAUCCACCACCUCCUUUAUCCCUACCUCACCCCUACAUCCCUACCGCACCCCUACCACCUCCUUUAUCCCUCCUUCAUCCCUACCUCACCCCUACAUCCCUACCGCACCCCUACCACCUCCUUUAUCCCUCCUUCAUCCCUACAACCUCCUUCAUCCCUAACCUCACCCCUACAUCCCUACCUCACCCCUAUCACCUCCUUCAUCCCUACCUCACCCCUACCACCUCCUACAUCCCUACAUCACCCCUACAUCCCUACCUCACCCCUACCACCUCCUUCAUCCUUACCUCACCCCUACAACCUCCUUCAUCCCUACUUCACCCCUACCUCACCCCUACCACCUCUUUCAUCCCUACCACCUCCUUUGCUUCACUCCCUCCCUCUCCCUCUCCACACCGUAUCAUUAUCCCCCCACCUCACCCUAGCCACAUCCCCCACUCCCCCUCCAUCUCCCCCUCUCUCUGCAGGAAGUAAAUAACUCCAAAGCAUACAUAAUAUUAGACGUUAAUGAAAAAGUAUGAUAUUUUCCCUCUGGUACAAUCCAGUUAAUCCUAUCCUAUCUUAUGUUGUCAGGUUGGUGGAGGAGGUGAAGCUGAGGGCCAGUGGGUGUCAGCUGCAGAACGAGGACGUGUACAUGAACACCACCUUCCAGGACUUCAUCCAGAUGUGUGUGAGGAAGCUCCGAGGGGAGGACGGCGAGGAGGAGCUGGUCGUCGACUACGUAAGAGUCAUCGUCAUCGUCAUUAUUACCAUGAUCCUCAAUAUCUUCAUCAUUAUCAACAUUAUCUUAACCAUCAUCAUCAUCAUUACCACCAGAAUCAGCAUUAUCCUCAAUGCUCUAAUCUAAUGUAGGCCGUUAGUAACAGGAGUGAAACUUUGGAGGGCGUUCGAGUUCCUAUUUCGGUCUCCUGCGUUAGUAACAUGAUCACUAAGGAAGAUCACAACAAGCUUUGAAAGGCCUUUGAUUAGGUAGCGUAACGUAAAUGUCCUGUAACCAGGUGGAGAAGAACAUCAACAACAUGACCAUCCGGAUGCCCCACCAGCUCUUCAUCAACGGGGAGUUUGUGGACGCAGAGGGUGGGAAGACCUACAAGACCAUCAACCCCACAGACGGAACGGUAGGGAGCUAGCUAGCUUUCACCUGUCCAUUCAUGUCUGACCCAUGGUUUUCAUAAAGUUAUUAAUAACUUGAUCUGCUCGCACCAAUUUGGUUUGUCUCAGACGAUGACAAAUGAAGAGACUUUAUCACUCUUCCAGUUUGUGAGUUUCCCAUCUCUCUCGCUGUCUCUUUAGGCGAUCUGUGAUGUGUCUUUCGCUCAAGCCAGUGACGUGGACCGAGCUGUAGCGGCCGCCAAGGAGGCGUUCGAGGAGGGAGAGUGGGGAAAGAUAAACCCCAGAGACAGAGGCAGACUCCUAUAUAAGUCAGUCUAUUAGAAACAAACUAAGCUGCAUGUAAAAUAGCAUCCUAUUAUAGCGCAUUACUUUUGACCUGAGCCCAUUUGGUCCAUAGGGAAUAGGGCAUUUUGGAUGCAACACAAGACUAAGACCCAGGCACAUAUAAUAAUACAGGUGGUCUUUGAAACACCCAUAUGCAGGCAACUAUACAAGGCAUUCAACCAUGUACCGCUGGGUCUAUAAGAUACAGGAUCAUAUAUAGGGGGAUGUUUUUUGAAGACAUACGUGAGGUCACACAUACAUGAGGUCACACUUCACCGUUGUGCACUUUUUGAUUUGUGUAAUAUUUUCCGUUAAAGUGCAUUUUCAGUGUUAAAUGAAUAACCCGUUGCUGUAUUGAGCUGUUUAAAGGAAACGAUUGAAUCCUUCACUGCCCCCUCCAGGCUGGCUGACCUGAUGGAGGAGCACCAAGAGGAGUUAGCCACCAUAGAGUCCAUGGACUCCGGGGCCGUAUACACCCUGGCCCUGAAGACCCAUGUGGGCAUGUCCAUCCAGACCUUCCGCUACUUCGCUGGCUGGUGUGACAAGAUCCAGGUGAGAGAGUGAGGGAUAUAAACAUUGCCCAUAUUGCCCACUGUUUUUCAUUUUGUGCAACAAAGAAGCAAUUGCUUUAAAGAUCCAAUGCAGCUGUUUUUAUCUGAAUAUCACAACAUUUCUGGGUAACAAUAUAGUACCUUAAUUGUUAAAUGGUCAAAAAGAAACAAAAAUAGCUUCUUAACAAAGGGGCAAUUUUUCAAGCAAGAAUUUUGCUAGGACUGUCUGGGAGUGGUGUGAGUGGGGAGGGGGAAACUGAAAAUGUGCUGUUAUUGGCAGAGAAGUUUGAAACUCUUUCUUAUUGGUCUAUUAACUAAUUUACCACAUGGUGAUGUCACCAUGGAAGGCCAAAAUGCCAUCCCACCAAAACAGGCUGACAUUUCAGGCGGUCUUUUGAAUCAGCUCUUACACUAAAAUGGCAUUAUCAUAAUUUUCACAAUUUCACAGUAUUAUUCCAACAACCUCAUACUGUGGAAAUAUAAAUAAAACACAGGAAAAUCAUGUUUUUGACUGCAUUGGGCCUUUAAGUAAAGACUUGUAUUACCUACUCUGAAUAUCACAGGUAAGGGGCCAGUCAUUCCUAAUUGCUUUAUUAUAGUUUCAUAAUGCUCUGACUGCAUCUAUAAGGUGCUAUAUACACUGAGUGUACAAAAAAAUUAAGGGCACCUUCCUAAUACUGAGUUGCACCCCUUUCGAAAGCAUUCCACAGGGAUGCUGGCCCAUGUUGACUCCAAUGCUUCCUACAGUUGUGUUAAGUCGGCUGGAUGUCCUUUGGGUGGUGGACCAUUCUUGCUACACACAGGGAAACUGUUGAGCGUGAAAAACCCAGCAGCGUUGCAGUUCUUGACACAAACCGGUGCGCCUGACACCUACUACCAUACCCCGGUCAAAGGCACUUAAAUCCUUUGUCUUGCCCAUUCACCCUCUGAAUGGCACACAUACACAAUCCAUGUCUCAAGGCUGAAAAAUCCUUCUUUAAGCUGUCUCCUUCCCUUCAUCUACACUGAUUUGAAGUGGAUUUAACAAGUGACAUCAAUAAGGGAUCAUAGCUUUCACCUGGAUUCACCUGGUCAGUCUAUGUCAUGGAAAGAGCAGGUAUUCCUAAUGUUUUGUACAGUCAGUGUAGAUGUUCAUUAGGCAAUAUAACACUCACUUUAUAAGGUGCUUCUAAUUAUUCUUCUGGGUUAUUUGGAUUGUCAUUUGGAUUCGUUCUGAUAUUUCUAGAUUUUUCUUGACUUUUGAAUGAUUUGUUUGACAUGCUACUGCAUUGUUGAAGAACUGGCAACUCAAGCAUUUCGCUGCACUCGCUAUAACAGCCGCUUAACUUUGUAUGCAAACAAUAAACUUAGAUUUGAUUUGUUUGAUGAUUAAGUUUGUUUAUGAUCAGAGACUAUCUCAUUCUACAGGGCUGCACCAUCCCCAUCAACCAGGCCCGGCCCAAUCGCAACCUUACUUUCACCAAGAAAGAACCAAUCGGGUGAGAUACACCAGCCACAUGCAAAUACACAGCCAAUAAAUGUUUUUGUCAAAACAAGAUUUUGAGAAUAAGUAUGUUCGUCAUUUUAACUCUCAGAGUGUGUGCUAUCGUGAUUCCCUGGAACUACCCUCUCAUGAUGUUGGCCUGGAAAACAGCUGCCUGUCUGGCUGCUGGUAACACUGUGGUCCUCAAACCUGCCCAGGUAAGGAGCACCCCAGUACCGCUAACCAUCACACUCCCAUUCAUCUGUUUUCACUAAAGAAGGGCACAAAGUGAUAUUGUAAAAUGUACUGUACUGUGCUAUACUGUACUGUGCUGUGCACAAGGGGGCAGUGCACUGGUGUCCAGACACUAGUACUGUACAGAAAAUGUUUCAACCAGAGGAGGUUGGUGGCACCUUAAUUGGGGAGGAAUGACUCGUGGAAUGGGAUCAAAUACAUCAAACACAUGGUUUCCAUGUGUAUGAUGUCUUUCCAUUUGCUCCGUUCCAGCCAUUAUUAUGAGCCGUCUUCCCCUCAGCAGCCUCCACUGGUUUCAACCCCUUCUCCAAUGACGCAUUUAGGUAGCAUGGUCCACUUGAAUGUCUUGAAAAGCGAUCUGGCCACAUGUACUAUUAAAUCUGUUCUCGGUACAGCCAGAAGAGGACUGGCCACCCCUCAGAGCCUAGUUCCUCUCUAGGGUUCUUCAUAGAUUCCAGCCUUCUAGGGAGUUUUUCCUAGUCACCUUGCGUUUCCCUCUGCGGUGCUUGCUCUUUGGGGUUUUAGGCUGGGUAUCUGUAAAGCACUUUGUGACAACUGCUAAUGUAAAAUGGGCUUCAUAUAAUACAUUUGAUUGAUUGGCCUAUGGGAUUUAGCCAACUUCUCUGACGAUUGUUAGCGUGUCUUUCAAUAACGUUACAGAAGCAGUCUUUUACAGGGGUACAACUGAUCUCAAUCCAUUUGAUACAGUAUGGAUGAGAUACCUGCAUUUGUCAAGGUAUAUGAAUUGCGUAAAGGCUAGCAUGUUCAAUCAUUUUGGUUGCGUGUAUAUUCCUAUGGUCCCUAGGUGACUCCAUUGACAGCGGUGAAGUUUGCUGAAUUGGCAGCGAGGGCAGGAUUCCCCAAGGGAGUGAUCAACAUCCUCCCUGGAUCAGGUAAACAUGCUUUUCUGUUUUUGAUCGUUGUUUCAUACAAACAUUCAUAUUGAAAGAGUUGCGCCAAUCUUUUAUUAACACACCUGGUUUUUGUCUGCAUCUCGGUUGUCCUCUCACUGCCUGCAAUAGAGAACCUGGGAAGGCGCACCAUUUUUUCCCGGAUGCCUGAAAAGUUGACUUAUAGGAGAUGCAAGGUUUUGUUGUGACGCUGACGGUGUGCUGGUUCCUCUUCUGCUGUCUGUCAGGUGCUCUGGUGGGCCAGCGUCUGUCCGACCACCCGGACGUCCGGAAGCUUGGCUUUACCGGCUCCACUGAGAUAGGGAAACACAUCAUGAAGAGGUGAGCGGUCACUGUUGUGUCCCGUGUAGCUCAGUUGGUAGAGCAUGGCGCUUGCAACGCCAGGGUUGUGGGUUCGAUUCCCACGGGGGGCCAGUAUUAUUAUUUUUAAUUUUUUAAUUUAAAAAAUGUAUGCACUCACUAACUGUAAGUCGCUCUGGAUAAGAGCGUCUGCUAAAUGACUAAAAUGUAAAAAAUUUGGUAACCUCAGUCCAGAGAGGUAAUGACUUUAGGCUCUGGGUAGUUGGCCAUGACUUUGGCCGAUAAUAGCAUACUGUUUUUAUGUGUAUGUAGUACAACAGUGGUCACCAACCUUUUCUAAGCCGCUCAGAUGUUGUUUUUUAACGUAACUUAAAACCACCUAAGGUCGAUGUCCGCGCCCCCGUGAAAAUCUAAUUAGCAUAAUAAAAAAAUCCCUAAAUGGGAACACUUUGCCUUCUCGGCGUUAGGGCUGCUGACUCAAGUGCACCUACCGUCAACAAAUAAAAAAAUAGGAAUGCAAGGCUUUAACAGAAAUGUUUUGUGAUCGACUAGGAAUGGCUUGGAGAUGGACCAGUCUAUUGCGAUCGACUGGUUGGUGACCACUGUAGUACAGUAUGUGUCUGUUUGUGUGUGCCCUUAUCCCAGCUGUGCGGUCAGUAAUGUGAAGAAGGUGUCCCUAGAACUGGGGGGUAAAUCUCCACUCAUCAUCUUCAGUGACUGUGACAUGGACAAGGCCGUGCGCAUGGUCAGUGGGCCUUCAAUUCAAUGCUGGUCACUACAUAACACUAAUACCAAAAUGUUAAUAUUUGAUAUACAUUUUUCAGAAUAUUGUACGGUGUCAAUUUCACUGUAUUUAUUUGUGUAUUUUAGGGCAUGAGCUCUGUAUUCUUCAACAAGGGAGAGAACUGCAUUGCAGCAGGCAGACUCUUUGUGGAAGAGAACAUCCAUGACCAGUAUGUCAAGAGAGUGGUACGUGUCUCAAUGCUAACUUAGCCACCCGCUUGCUACCUUAUCUCACAGCGCUAUGCUAACUUAGCCACCCGCUCGCUACCUUAUCUCUCAGCGCUAUGCUAACUCUACCAGCUCAGCUGGUAGAGCACGGCGCUUGUAACACUAAGGUAGUGGGUUCGAUCCCCGGGACCACACAUACACACAAAAAAAAUGUAUGCACGCAUGACUGUAAGUCGCUUUGGAUAAAAGCGUCUGCUAAAUGGCAUAUUAUUAUUAUUAUUAUUAUUAUUAUUUUAGCCACCCGGUCGCUACCUUAUCUCACAGCGCUAUGCUAACUUAGCCACCCGGUCGCUACCUUAUCUCACAGCGCUAUACUAACUUAGCCACCGCUCGCUACCUUAUCUCAUAGUGCUAUGCUAACUUAGCCACCGCUCGCUACCUUAUCUUACAGUGCUCUGUUAACUUAGCCAUCCUCUUCCUUAUCUCACAGUGCUCUGCUAACUUAGCCAUCCUCUUCCUUAUCUCACAGUGCUAUGCUAACUUGGCCAUCCACUUCCUUAUCUCACAGUGUUAUGCUAACAUAGCCAUCCGCUAACUACCUUAUCUCACAGUGUUAUGCUAACAUAGCCAUCCGCUAUCUACCUUAUCUCACAGUGUUAUGCUAACAUAGCCAUCCGCUAUCUACCUUAUCUCACAGUGUUAUGCUAACAUAGCCAUCCGCUAACUACCUUAUCUCAGGUGGAGGAGGUUAAGAAGAUGAAGAUCGGAGAUCCUCUGGACCGCUCCACAGACCACGGACCCCAGAACCACAAGGCCCACCUGGACAAGCUGGUGGAGUACUGCCAGACAGGCGUGAGGGAAGGCGCCACUCUGGUGUGUGGGGGCAAACAGGUCGCCCGCCCAGGUUAGACUCAUUAACCUUUUUUCAGUUCAUAGCUCUGUAGAUUUUACUAAUAUUAGCUGUGAGGCAGAGUUAGGGGCAAAUGUCACUCCAAUUCCAGUCCAUUCAGAAAUGGAAUUGGAUGUCAUACAGUGACCAUUUGUGUUGUUAAUAUUUCUCAGUUCAAGGGAUGACUAUCAGCUACAAAAUGAUGUUGUUUACUAUAUCUUUCCCUGCGGUACCUCUCUCCAGGUUUCUUCUUUGAGCCCACCAUCUUCACCGACGUCCAGGACCACAUGUUCAUCGCUAUAGAGGAGUCGUUUGGCCCCGUCAUGAUCCUCUCCAAGUUCAAGAGCGGGUCAGUGUAUGGCAUGGCCAGAUGGGUGGCCUGUGUGGUUCAGCUGAUCCCAGCACACAUACACUACCGGUCAAAAGUUUUAGAACACCUAAUUAUUCAAGGGUUUUUCUUUAUUUUUACUAUUUUCUACAUUGUAGAAUAAUAGUGAAGAAAUCAGAACUAUGAAAUAACACAUAUGGAAUCAUGUAGUAACCAAGAAAGUGUUAAACAAAUCAAAAUAUAUUUUAUAUUUGAGAUUCUUCAAAUAGCCACCCUUUGCCUUGAUGACAGCUUUACAGACUCUUGGCAUUCUCUCUACCAGCUUCAUGAGGUAGUCACCUGGAAUGCAUUUAAAUUAACAGGUGUGCCUUCUUAAAAGUUAAUUUGUGGGAUUUAUUUCCUUCUUAAUGUGUUUGAGCCAAUCAGUUGUGUUGUGACAAGGUAGGGGGGGUAUACAGAAGAUAUCCCUAUUUGGUAAAGACCAAGUCCAUAUUAUGGCAAGAACAGCUCAAAUAAGCAAAGAGAAACAAUAGUCCAUCAUUACUUUAAGACAUGAAGGUCAGUCAAUACGGAACAUUUCAAGAACUUUGAAAGUUUCUUCAAGUGCAGUCGCAAAAACCAUCAAGCGCUAUGAUGAAACUGACCACCACAGGAAUGGAAGACCCAGAGUUACCUCUGCUGCAGAGGAUAAGUUCAUUAGAGUUACCAACCUCAGAAAUUGCAGCCCAAAUAAAUGCUUCACAUAGUUCAAGAAACAGACACAUCUCAACAUCAACUGUUCAGAGGAAACUGUGUGAAUCAGGCCUUCAUGGUCGAAUUGCUACAAAUAAACCACUACUAAAGGACACCAAUAAUAAGAAGAGACUUGCUUGGGCCUAGAAACACGAGCAAUGGACAUUAGACCGGUGGAAAUGUGUCCUUUGGUCUGAUGAGUCCAAAUUUGAGAUUUUUGGUUCCAACCGCUGUCUCUUUGUGAGACGUGGUGUGGGUGAACGGAUGAUCUCUGCAUGUGUAUUUCUCACCGUAAAGCAUGGAGGAGGAGGUGUUAUGGUGUGGGGGUACUUUGCUGGUGACACUGUCUGUGAUUUAUUUAGAAUUCAAGGCACACUUAACCAGCAUGGCUACCACAGCAUUCUGCAGCGAUACGCCAUCCCAUCUGGUUUGGGCUUAGUGGGACUAUAAUUUGUUGUUCAACAGGACAAUGACCCAACACACCUCCAGGCUGUGUAAGGGCUAUUUGACCAAGAAGGAGAGUGAUGGAGUGCUGCAUCAGAUGACCUGGCCUCCACAAUCCCCCGACCUCAACCAAAUUGAGAUGGUUUGGGAUGAGUCGAAUGGCAGAGUGAAGGAAAAGCAGCCAACAAGUGCUCAGCAUAUGUGGGAACUCCUUCAAGACUGUUGGAAAAGCAUUCCAGGUGAAGCUGGUUGAGAGAAUGCCAAGUGUGCAAAGCUGUCAUCAAGGCAAAGGGUGGCUAUUUGAAGAAUCUCAAAUAUAAAAUAUAUUUUGAUUUGUUUAACACUUUUUUGGUUACUACAUGAUUCCAUAUGUGUUAUUUCAUAGUUUUGGUGUCUUCACUAUUAUCCUACAAUGUAGAAAAUAGUAAAAAUAAAGAAAAACCCUUGAAUGAGUAGGUGUUCUAAAACUUUUGACCGGUAGUGUACAUACCAGAGUCGGCAUCUCGCGCAUUUCUCCUAUGACUAGCUCUCCUCCGACCAUUCUCAACCUCUCUGUUCAUCCCUCUCUCUCUCUCUUAGGGAUGUGGACGAGGUUCUGCGGAGGGCCAAUGCUACUGAGUAUGGCCUGGCAUCAGGCGUGUUCACCCGUGACAUCAGCAAGGCGCUGUACGUCAGCGAGAAGCUCAACGCCGGCACCGUCUUUGUCAACACCUACAACAAGACGGACGUAGCUGCUCCCUUCGGCGGCUUCAAGCAGUCCGGCUUCGGCAAAGACCUGGGUAAGACCUGCUGA